AUGGCGGGGAUCAGUUAUUAUUUUGUCACUGUGGCAGCUCUUGCCUCCUCUGUACACUCCUUUCUAGCGGACAGUCCCUGUCAUUUUGACACUACGGCAGUAGGGACAGCCGCAUCAGGACAUGUGGAAACAGACCUGACGACGCGCGCCACCUGUCGGAGCGGUCAGAUAGAGUGGCACUACACCUACCCGUUCCUGCUGGUAACAUUUGGCGGAAGUGGUCUCCCUUACACUGCGUGUAUUAAGUCGAACUUUAUCAGUGAUGGAUUCCAGUUUUAUCUGAUUACAGAAGGUCAGGAACUUCUGCUUAAGUCACACAGGGAAGGUCAAGACGAAUGGUGGUGUCAGAGAUCCAACAACAAGGGAGACAAUCUGAUAAUUAAAGUCAAACCGAGGACAACUUAUUACGUGGGUGUGUUCGAUUUUGCCAUACACUGAUGCAAAUCGUUAAGU